CCUUAACAAACCCGAACAAACAACUAAACCGCCAACCCUUUGGCUCACCUUAACUUAUUCUUAUCCACCCAUGCCAAUCCUUGCAGGUGCUCAAUUGACGCCUGUGUACCUCAACAUCUACGACCUCCUCCCACCAACCUCCUUGAUUUCCACCUUCAUCUGGACCUGCGGUCUCUCCCUCCUACACACCUCCAUCGAAGUCCACGGUAAAGAAUACCAAUUCGGGGGGCACGACGUCAAGGAGUUAACCGGGGUAUAUGCCACACCACCCAACCUCGCCGACGCGGAAGGUGUUGCAAGGAUAACGACAGGGGGUGUUGAUUUAGGUGAGAGGAAAGCGCCAGAGGGUGCGCAUUGGAGGGAGACCAGGGUAUUGGGGUGGACGUCCUUGACGGCGCCGGAGGUGAAGGCGAUCGUGGCGGAGUUGGGGAUGGGGUUCUUGGGGGUCGAGUAUGAUUUACUACGGAAGAAUUGUAAUCACUUCACGGCAGCGUUCGCGGCGGGGUUAAGUCCGUAUUGUGCUGAGGCUCUCAUCGUACCGGAGUGGAUCAAUCGCGCGGCGGAGUUGGCGGUGAAGUGUCCGUGUAUCGUGCCCUCGAGCUGGAUUGAGCCGCCUGAGUUGGAGGAUGGAGAGGAAGAGGACGAGGAGGAGAGGACAGGGUCGAGUGUGUUUGGGAAGGAUGUGGAGAACCCGGGGUUCGUGUCACGGGAUUCGUAUGGUUCAGAAAGUGGGGGUGGGUCGAGGCGGAGUGGGACUCCUGGGGAGAUGUUUGGGGGGCCUGAUAUUUGUAGGAUUAACGACGAGGAGGAUGACGGACAUUAUGCCAAUGAGGGAACGAGUUUGAUCACGCCGACUGGGAGUACGGUGUCGAGGGGGGAUAGCGUUGUGGAGGCCUUGCCAAGAAGUGAAAGAGUGCCGGUGGACAGGGGUGUGAGAAUUGUCCCGGGGAGAGCACGAGCUCAAGGGAGAUGAGGAUUAACUCAAGUGGGACCUCGCGAAUACACGAAACGAGAUAUGAACCAUCUGGAAGAUGGGUAAGGAACAAUGGUAUCGUCAGGCGUUGGGACUGUUCUUCGUUUUAUUCAAGCAUACAUGGUAUAGAAAAUCGCGAGCUGGUCUUCGCAUUCACCCAUAACAAUUCUUACAUCAUUUUCCUUUCUUACAACUCGUCCUUCCCAGUCGCCUCCUGCCUCCAUGCAACCGGCAACUCUUCUC